UAAGGUCGUGUUUGUGAUUUGCGGCGCAUAAAAGUAAUUUAAAAUAUUUGUGAAUAAUACUAUCAAAUGGUUUAGAUCAACCAAAACGCCGACAACUACGCCUGCAGCGAGCUGCAGUAUUUGUGUGUGUGUUGCUGUAAGACCGCGGCGCCGUUGACCGUCACCUAGCGGCUAAAGUGCGCUUUGUUGUUGAUGUUUCUUUAUUAUUUACGUAAAGUUAAUUUAUCAAAUUUGGUAACAUAAUUUCCAUUCAGCAACAAAUGUGCAAUCGCACACAAAUGAAAAAUUAUUACCAAGUGUCAAAAAAAAUUGCCGUCAAAUAUUAGUAGCUGCCGCCGCUGUCGCCGUGCUGUCAACGCUAACGUCAACAGCGCAGUUAGUCGUUACUUAUUAGUUAUUUAUUUACAUAUUUAGUGUUAAACGUACAACAUAUGUACAUGCGUAUAUUCAUAUUCAUUUAUAUUUUGUAAAUACGCCGCGUUAAGUGCAUUAAACAAUUGUUUAUGAUUAUUUGUGAGCCAAUCAAUUGCUGAGUUGUGUUUUCGUGCCAAGCAAAGCCUCCUUGAUGGCAGGAUAUUAAAAAAAUGGAAACAUUUGGCGGCGGCGUUUGGUUGAAUGAACAGCAAAACGACGGCACCUAAAAACAACAACAAAAGCAGCACCAGCAACAACAAACAACCCAGUCAGUCGUAGUAGCAGCAACAGAAGUAAUUUGCGCUGCGCAUAGCACCACUUAGGAAAAUAGAAGCAGCAACAAUACCAAAACAGCCACAACCAUGGUGAUAAGUAAACCUGAAACGAUUGUGACGGCGGCUACUGGCACACAAAAUGUUGCAAAUACCAAUACCGGCAUCGAUGAUGGGCCUAAUAGCAUGGCGCAUCCGUCGGGCAUACCACAGGAUCAAAUAGACAAUAUAAUGAGCAGCAUUGGCAACACAGGCGAUGUCAAAAUGAAUAACCAUCGCAAGAAGCUGCGGCAAAGGUUCGAUAUUAUUAAGAAAUUAGGUCAAGGCACUUAUGGCAAAGUGCAAUUAGGUAUUAAUAAGGAAACGGGUCAGGAAGUGGCCAUCAAAACUAUUAAGAAAUGUAAAAUUGAGGCGGAAGCGGAUCUGGUGCGCAUACGUCGCGAGGUGCAAAUCAUGAGCUCGGUGCAGCAUCCCAACAUUAUUCACAUAUAUGAAGUAUUCGAGAAUCGCGAGAAAAUGGUGCUAGUCAUGGAGUUUGCCGCUGGCGGUGAACUUUACGACUACCUGUCCGAACGGAAGGUGCUCAGCGAAGAGGAGGCGCGUCGUAUUUUUCGGCAAGUAGCAACAGCUGUCUACUAUUGUCAUAAACACAAGAUUUGCCAUCGUGAUUUAAAACUGGAGAACAUAUUACUGGAUGAGAAGGGAAAUGCAAAGAUAGCGGAUUUUGGCCUUUCCAACGUAUUCGAUGAUCAACGAUUACUGGGAACCUUCUGCGGCUCACCCCUUUAUGCCUCACCCGAAAUUGUUGAGGGCACGCCCUACCAGGGUCCCGAGGUAGACUGCUGGUCGCUCGGGGUGUUGCUCUACACUCUAGUCUACGGGUCCAUGCCCUUCGAUGGCUCCAACUUCAAAAGACUGGUGAAACAAAUUAGCCAAGGUGACUACUAUGAGCCGCGUAAACCAUCUCGCGCCUCUACACUCAUACGGGACAUGCUGACGGUGUGUCCACGCAAGCGCGCCAGUAUCGAGCAGAUCUGUUCCCAUUGGUGGGUCAAUGAGAACGAUAAUGUAUCUUGUCUGGACUUGGCCGAGGACUUGGCGAAUCAGACGCCCGUCCGUCUGGAUGUCUUGCUGUCGCUGACGCCGACGACUAUAACAGCGGACCAACUAGUCGUUCCAUCAGCAGAUGGAGCUGCGGCAGCCGCAGCCAAGGCGGGCAACGAGCGUGUGGCACGUAGUCAUUCGGUGGGCUCAAUACGUGAUAUGGGUGCGCCAAAUACGGAGGCGGAACGACGCAUUCUGGACAUGGUUGCUGCUGGUGGUGAAGCUGCGCUCAUGCCAUCGCCCACACGAACCAUCACGCCUUCACAGAGUCCUGUGCAAACGAAGCGUAAACUCCAGCCCACGGUAUCCACAGAAAAUGCUGCAGGUAUUACGGCCAAGAAAAAAGAUAAACUUGCGAACAACUCGUUCGUAGUCAGUGAAACCACCGCACCACUCACCGAGGAAGCUCCAAUGGAAACAGAAGGUGCCAUUGUCGAGGAACCACCUCAAACUCCGGCAUCAAAACUGGCACCCAAUUUCUCACAAAAGGAUAUGCAAAACGUAGGUGAUCUUUGCGAGCAGCUAAUGCAAAAUAAUGGCGAAGCAGCGCCAGCCGCAGCACCCCCCACUACCAUUGCCAACACCGUGUCACGUCAGCCGACACGCGGCAAACUAGACGCUGUGGCAGAAACGCCCGAGGAGAAGGAUGCAUCCAAGGUGAUCAAGAAAUUCGUAGACAAGCAUAAAACCGCUGAUCUGGUCAAUGCCAUUGCGGCGAACAAUGAAAGCAUCGCUCCCACUGCACAGCCAGCGGCCAACAAAUCAACGCCUCCACCAUCCACUAAUGCCAACACGACCAUGCCCUCCGCUGCUGCACCGCCAUUUGUUCGCAAGUGCAGUCUGCAGGACGAGUCGACGCUCAACAAAUUUAACUCGGAGCGACGAAAAUCCCGCAUUCUCGAGACAGCUGAGAAAUUUCAAAAAAUGGGGCCCAGCCCAGGUAUCACAGCCCCAACCGUCGGAGACAAGCCCAAAAAGCUUAGCAUACCCGGCGUCAGUGUGGGCAGCUUUAAGAAAGAAUUCGAGCGUAAAGCAACCAAUCCAACACCUGUUACUGGUCCCACACCUGGUGAGCGGCGUGCCCAGGAACAAGUUGCCGCAGCAGCAGCCGCUGCCCAAGAGGCUGAAGCUUUGGCCACACCUCCAUCUUCGCCAGGAGCCGAGCCGAUUACAACACCUGCGCUCGAGGGCAGCGACUCAAAGAAUUCGGUAGCCUCAGCCACGCUAGAGGAUGCAAGACGCUCCAUGGAGAACUCAAUAGCACUACUCCGACAAGCACAAAACGAGUCCAACAAAGAGCUAGACCAGCUGUGCGCCCAGACCGAAACCAUCGGAGUUAGUGAGCCCACAGAGGCAGAACGCGAGCGUAAGUUGAAGAAUGCACGCGCCAUCAUUGGAAACGCCAUACAGCCGGCCUCACCUGGCGGUGAUCCCAACGCAGGCGCCGUCAAAACCUCUACUGCCUCCAUUACGCUCAAAUCGGCGACGUUGCCGCGCCGCAAAAUCAAUGCCAAAUCCGAAGUGCAACUCGACAUCAAGCCGCGAAUUGUGGAGCAGCCAGCCAUGCGUUUCACCACAGAAAUGCAGCACCCAGUUCCUGAUCUACGCAGCGCACCACCACGCGAGGGUCCCAUACCAUUCAGCCCCAUUAAGACAUCGGUGCAAGCACGCGCUACGAGUCUCGAGCCAUGCAAGGAGCACAUCGUACCCAUUCAGCGCCCUCCACACGCAUACACACGCACUGGUUCCAAUACGACCACACGUUCCGGCUCGCUGUCACGUCAAUCCACCGUUGAAUCCGAGUCGGAUACCACCACAGCCACCGCCACAAAUCUUUCACAGUCGACUGUAACAGGCGGCCCCUCUCAGCCCAUCAAGAAGAGUCCACGUGAAUUCAUUAUACCCAUUGCGGUGGAGGGAGGUGGUUUCAUAACGCCACGUGAACGCAGCAUUGAGCCAUCCGAGUCCAGUCACACCACCGCUUCGAGUCGUUCAACGUUCAGCCGCCUGCGUCCGUCGCGUCGCAUUGGCUCCUUGUUCAGCGAGCCCGGCUUCGAUGAGAGUUCGCCAUUCCAAAAGAUGCGCACCGGUUCAAUUACACGUGAGGGCGGCGAAGAUGAUGCUCGCUUUACUCCACAUAGACUAAGGAGCUCCAGACCUGUCAAGAAAAUUAGUCAAGACAACGAUUCACAAAGCUCCGGCGAGGAGGAUGACGACGAUGAUGAUGGCUUUGAGAUACUCACGGCAGAGAAUCUAUUUUCAACGCUCCUGCAGCGCGUACGCGCUCUAACAAACCGCCUCAACGUUAACAGUGACAUAACGGCCGGCUUUCCCAGUCAUUCUAGUCGCCUGCUCACGGACAUAUCGCGGCAGGCACAGAGCAGUCCCUUUUGGAGUCAAGGCAGUCCCUUUGGCAGAUCUCAAGUUAGUUACACUUAUAGCGAAACGGUUGAAAAAAAGCAAGUUCGCCUCAACAGUGGCAGCAACAGCGCCGGCCUAGGCGCUCCUUGGCGCCAUAGUUUGUCGCGCGAUCUGGGAAACGAUAUGGAAUCAAUGUUCUCACGCACAGGCGCCACGCUGCCAAGAGGGCACAGCAAAAGCACGAGCAAGGCAAGCGGAGCUAACACUGCCAACUUGGAGACCCCGGAUAAUGGGAAGAGCACAACGCCAGCUAACACUGCCAGCGGCGAGGAGCCGCUUGAUUUGGCCGACUUGGACUUGUCGCGCUUGCGGCUCAGUAAAAAAGAUCUCGAAACAUUGUCUAGCAUAACACCAGGACUUCCCAAAUGCUUUCAGGAGCAGCUGCUCGCCAAAUUACCGCCCACGCAAGCCCGCAAAUUGUCGCGCACGCUCAGCGUCCAAGCCAGUGUGCCUCCAGCACCUUCCGUGAAGGUGUACAAACGCAGCCAGAGCAGUGGUCGCGGUUAUUUGCCCGAAGCCUCAAACUAUGACUCCGUGCCAACGGAGGAGGCCAAGCCAAAGCCCCUCACAGAUGCCCCCAAGACAACAGCAGCAAGCACGGCCAUUUAUCGACGCAGUCUUAGUCGCACAAGGUAUGAUUAUGAUGGUGCUAGUGCUGCUGCUAAUGCUGUGGCAUCGGCCAUUCCCACACCCACCAGCGCAGAUACGAACAAAAGUCGUAGUAGUAGUGUCUGCCGUGAUGAUUUUGCCAAAUCUUCGCUGUGUAACAGCAGCUACACCAGCGAUAUCAAUGACAAAUAUAAAUACUAUUCGCCCUACUUGAGCAAAUCGGGAAAAACUGGCCGAGAUGGACUUGCUUCGGAGACGACGGUCUCGCAAAAACGUUAUAGCGCUGCGUUAGGACGUCCACCGAGCGGUUGCCUAUCACCACCGCCGACAUCUACUACGAUGGCGACUCCGUCGCUGGCCGAUGGCACCAGCUCGUUGCGUAGACGUUCCUCGCAGCGCCGAAUUUCACGCUUUCUGCGACCCGACUUCUUCGACGAGCCGGCAGCAUCUUCAGCUAAUGAUGAGAAUGGCUAUCAACGUGAGCGGCGACAGCGAGAGCGUGAGACUCAAAGCGUAUUGCGCGAGAUACGCGAGAAGUCUAGCGACCGUUUGAGUGGAGCCGAUUACGAUUCGGAGCUCCGACGACGCAAACAUAGUUUGCCAAACGUUGACGCUGAGGACAGCAAGCCAACACGACAUGCACGCAACAAGAGCAUGGAAAUGUACAGCAAUGUGCCAGAGCAGCCAAUAUCAUCCCAAGAAGCGAACAACACUAAGUUGCAGCAACGGCGCAGUUUGUCGCGGCCACGUGAGCUCGAAACUGAGCUGGACAAGCGUGAACUAGCGGAUAAAAUACUGCAAGAAUUGCAGCUACUUUCUGCAGUACGCACGCAGCACGAGAAGCGACUGUCUACGGAAGUGGCGCCAAACCAGGAACCCAUAAAUGACAAGACUGAAGAAAGCUACAGCAGCGAACAAACCUCAACCAUCAAGAAGGUUAAAAAUGUGAAACCUAAAGAAAAAUUCCUAGAGCCAACUGCAGAUAUCGAAACAAAAUCAAUGACCACGUCAACAACGACGACACUUGUACGGAAAGUCAAAAAAGUGUCAAAGAAAGCGGAUGCCAGCAAAACGCCUACGACUGAAGCAACUCCAGUAUUGCCUGAAGGUAGCGACUGCUUGCCACAGUCUGUGGCGAAGGAGACUAAGUUGAAGAGACCUAAAUCCUAUCCCAUGAAGGACUUAGGAUUAAGUCUUAAAAGCGGAGAAUCGCCUGACUGUACAACUACGCCUCUUCCCAGCAAGAAGCCAAGCAAAAUGCAGGAGACGCCAAUGGACCUGAAUUCUUCAGGGACCCAACGGGAGAGCCGUCUCAUACGCCCAAAAAGCUAUCCAGCCACCACCAAGCUAACCACACCCAAGGAACUGAAAAAGGUCACACGCAGCGGUGUUGCCAUACCUAGUAUAGCGGAGGAUCCGUCAACCACGCCCACUUCGAAAUCAGGUAGCACAUCGCGUCAAUCGACAUCCGAGGAGAAAUCUCUAUCGGCCACUCCCACUGCCCUCACUGAAAAGGACGCUACCUCUACCACCUCCAGCGAGUCGCGCCCGACCACAAUCAAGAAAAUUAUUAAAGUAUCAAAGAAAUCGAAAUUAGUUCCGCCUACCCCAAUCACGCCCACAACGCCAACCACAGCAAGCAGUAAUACGCCCGUAGACAGCUCCAAGGAAUCCAGCCCAAUAAUAAAGGCGAAGGAAAAAUCGCCCGAGAAGAAAACCAGCAAAGGUUUACUCUACGCCAUUGGCCAGAAAUUCGAAAAGUUGCGUGACUCAGCUAUGAGCAAGGACAAGAAGGCAGCACAAGCCUUGGCUACCACACCGAGUACUCCAAACGGAGCGCUGGCCUGCACUCUGAAACAAAGCUCGCCGGAGCAGACAUCCCCGGAACGUGUUAUUAAAGAGAAAACAUCGAUAUUGCGCAAGAAAAAAUCGCUGGAGUCGGAGAAAAUAGUUGAAUUAGAGAACUCUCAGGGACGCUCAGACAAGCGUUCACGCUUUGACACAAUGUUGCGUUCCUUACGCGAACGUUCCGUGCCGCGGGCGCAGUCCACGGACAAGGAGAAGAUUGAAAAUGCCGUGAAACGUGCUGCCAGUGUCGAAGACUUACAGGCGGCCAAGCACGGAGGGGGUGCCGUUAACAAAAUGCUUGGUGGGCUCUUUAGACGCUUCGAUCGCGAAAGCAGCGAACAAAGACGUGUGCGCAGUACGCGUUCCACCAGCAACAUUGAACGACAGUUGCGCGAGGAAACGCCAACAUCGCCCAUUUAUCAGAACGCAGCCGCCGUUAAAGCUGCGGCAGCAGUAGCAGCAAACAAGCCAAGCCAGUCAGCCGAAGAGAAUUGCAAUUGCGAGACAGCCUGCCCGGACUGCAUACAAAAUCAAAGCGUGCCCAAGCAGGCUAAGGAGCAGACCAGCUCACAAAGCAAUAAGGAGAAGCGUAAGGGACUCAUGCUUGAUCUGACCAAGCUUGACCGUCUAGAUAAUCCGAGCAGUAGCAUGGCAUCUGGGGCUGGCGCUGCGGCCGUUAGCAGCACCAGCAGUAGUACCUAUCGCGGAUCCAAAACGAAUCCUGCUCUGAUCAACGGAAAUGGCCUGUAUUCGAAUCUGCCGCCUUAUCCAGGUGCCGUCAAAAGCUCGUCUAACAAUAGUUCCAGUCAACAGUCGAUGGACAAUGUCACCAACAAUAACUCAAUUAACACCACCAACAACAACUCGGUUUCUUUGCAAACUUCCCAAACAUCUGGCUACCGCACAUCGUCGGCGCAUGAGAUCAAUCGUAACAAUCUGCUAACACCCUCCUUCGAGAACAUUGCCAAUUAUUCAUCGGACUCGCGAAGCUAUCAGGAUGACUGCGCCUCCACUUCCACCUUCCUAUCGCCCACUGAGGAGCCAGAACUGUACUUCGACAACUGGUCUAUUUGCUCCGAGGACAACUACAUGCUGCAUGCCACGCCUUCGCCCACUGUGUCGCGUCUGUCUCGCGCCUCACAACUCUCCUCCCCCACACGCUGUUCGGAGAGCUCUGACCCCAACGAGAGCGUUAUCGAUCGCAUUAAACGACGGAGUUUCUACAGCCGUUUCAAUGAGCAGAAGCCACGUCGGACAAGCAGCAUAGUUGGUCCAUCGGCAGUGCGGGAUUACUAUCGUGAGCAGAAAGCGGCGGUCAAAGCACGCUCCAGCCACAAACUGCACGGAGAUUCGAUCGAAGCACGUGCACCCUCGCCGGACAUAACACAGCAGUUCUUCCGGCCCCUGAAGCUCAGUCCUGUGGGCACUGAACUCAAACCACCCGCCUACCGUUCGGCCCUGGACUACUCCGCCUCUUCUGUGUCCAGCAAGCCGCUCAAGAGUCUCAACGACAUACGCACAAAUACAUCGCCAUCGUUUCUGAGCAAACGUUACGGUAGUUCCAGCAUGGACGCCCAUGACUACACAGUACCCAUGCGCUACAAGAGCUCGUCUAGCUCGAGUCCUAGCAACGGCGCCAUUGGUGGUGCCCAUCACCACAACACCAACAGCGGCGGCAGCAGUAGCAGCUAUUAUAAUACCUACAAUCCCAAAAGGCGGUCCUCUUAUACGCUGAAUGGCACACUGCCAACAGGCAGUGGCGGGGCAUCUGGCAGCUCCCAUCAUCAUAUUGAUGGCUACGCCACGUUGGGACGACGUUCCAUACGACCGUACGAUCACCGCACGAUGUCCCUACUCGAACCACCCACGACCAGCAGCAGCGGGGCCAGUAGUAGCGCCUACCAUCGACGGGAAGCCCGUACACCGGUGCGGGACUACACUUCCAGCAUUUCACGUUCCGGUUCGCGCUAUCGCACAUCGUCGGCCACUCGUAGUCCCACAAACAUUUGAUGUACAACACCGCAGAAUGGUUUCUGUAUCUUCUGCUAUUAUACAAAACGCAAAAAACCGCAUGCCCCGGCUCUGACCACAACCCCAGCACCUCCGAAUACAUGCACCUCAGCGACGACUGCCUCUUCAUCAGCCUCGGCUGCCUCAUCACGCGCCAGCAGCAGCGGUGGCAGCAAGAAGUUGCAGCAAUGUUCACAAUCGCAGCCCCACAACAAGUUUUAGGCAACUCAUUACUGAUUAUUGAUUGCCAAUAAAUAAUCAAACGAUUCGAACGCUCAUAGUACUCUAAAGUAGGCAAAACAACUGCCAGACAAAAAGUUGAACUGCAUGUUAGUGUUAGUGAGUUAGUUAUAAAUGAUUUUUUAUAUUUUUAUAUAGACAACGUUAAAGUUGGGCGCCCCGUUGUGGGGGCCUGUAGUGGUAGUUUCACACAUGCACACACACACACACAUACACACUUGUAUUUAAGGAGUGUGAUCUUUGAACUCUUCAUCGAAACUUGUGUUUCUUUAAAUUUCUCACUGCCUUCAGAUGAACAAACAUCUUUCUAGCCUUAUCAAUCAUAUUCAAGCAGGAAAAGGAAACGGUCGAUAUUUUCAAUCACAAAACAUACAUACAUCCUCCAAUAGAUAUAAACAUAUAUAUAUAUAUAUGUGCGUGUGUGUGGUGCAUCUGUUUGUAGCUGCGUUUCAGAAGAACAAUAUGUAAUACGAUUUUCAAAUAAUAAUUGUGCCUUGGUUCCUUUGGCGGUUUUAGAUUUAGCCUU